CCCGCUCCUCCCCUCGAUUUGUUUUGUGCGGCGACUUCGGGAGCGUGACGGAGGCGCUUAGCAGCGCUUAUGCAACCGGCUGACCUACUAACACACAUUCGCCUGGGGAAAGAAGUAGGGCGGCGACGGCGGCGGCGGCGGCAGCAGCGGCAGCAAAGCUCGCGAAAGACGCGCGGCGGCAAGGCGAGGCCAGCCCGGCGACUCCUUUCUGCCGCUGGAGAGGCGGCUUCUUCUCUAGAGAGGUGGCCGAGGCGCGCCUGGAAGAGGCGUUUCUGUUGCCUUCUGGGCCUGACCCGGCAGUUGCUGUUGACUCUCUUCCCUGGACUCUUCCCUGGACUCUCUGUCCAGCCACAUCCCGGCUCCUGUUGUCUGCAGGAUUUUGGCAGCAAAGCCACUCUGGUUUUACUGAACUGAAGGUUGAGGACGGCAAAACCAUCCCAAGGAAUCUGGAGACAGUCCCUUUUCGGCCAGGGUUUGGAAGAUGGUCUCCUCGUAUUGGACAAUUCAUUUUCCAUUGAUGGGAGCCCAGAUCCCAUCCGACUGUAGCAACUGGAGGACAGCUCACAGCCAUAGUGGAUGUAGCUCCCCUGGCAACACAGCUUGGUAACCGUUUUGGGGGCAUAGCUGGGAAGAAGCAUCCUGUGGGGCAGCAGGAGCAACAGCAGCCACAGUUCUGAGGGAAAUAUUCCAGCGACAGACAAAGGGCAUCUGGACAUUUUGCCCCCUCCCACCCCAUGAUGGAGAGCCUCAACUCCCCCACAUUAUGUGUGGCCGGGAACUUUCCUGAGUUCCACCACAACAGCAUUAUUCAGCGAGCCCGAACCCUGAAGAGCAAGCCAAAUGCCAACUGUAGGCGAAAGCGAGAGUUCAUCUCUGAUGAGAAGAAGGAUGCCAGCUACUGGGAGAAGCGUCGGAAGAACAACGAGGCUGCUAAGCGUUCCCGGGAGAAGCGGCGGUUCAAUGACCUGGUCCUGGAGAACAGGCUGCUGGCACUCAAUGAGGAGAACGUGCGGCUGAAAACAGAGCUGCUGCAGCUAAAACUGCGCUUUGGCCUCAUCAGCACGACUGCCUUCAUGGAGAAGAGCCAGCAGCUGAGCACUGCCAGUGCCAAUGCCCCAGCACACUUGUACGGUGUUGGCAACAGCGGUUUGUAUUCCAGUCCCCUGUCCCGAGCCCCACCCUCUGAGGACUCGUCUGAAACGGAGCAGUCAAGCCGGGAUAGCGUAAGUGCAUCGGUAGCCAAGUAUUCCCCCCGGGACUCUCUCUCUGACCUGUCUGACGGCUCAUCCCGGGACAGCCCUCUACCCCAGACGCUUGAGGAGGCCCAGGCCAUCCAUCGUGUUUACGGGGAUGCCCCCUUGCAGCCUUACCCAGAGCCCAAGGGCUCGGUUCCCCGCAGUGUUAUCCUCUUCAGUGCCAAUGGCUUUACUGCAGUGGCCCCUCCCCAGCCCUUGCUUCCUGAAGAGGCAGAGCAGGCAGAAGGCUGUGUGAGCAAGGCUUCCAAAAGCCGCUGCGGGGGGCAUGACCCCCACUGCCCACCAGGGGAGCUCCGGACGCACUCAGGGUGCUGCUCAAAGACCCAGCACUAUAGUGCUCCCACCACGUAUUUGGAGGGGGAGCAUGUGAGGAAAGUCGAAGAGCCUAGGUCUCCGUUUGAGGGUUACUCCAGUGAGGAAGGUGAAGAACCCACUUGGGGAUGUUCCUCUGCUCCCUUCCCCAUGCCAUUGGAUGCCCAUCCCGAUGUGAAGACCGCAGCUCUCCCGCACAAGCUUCGGCUCAAAUGCAGAGCGCACAGCAGUGGAGUUCAUGAAUCGUUCCCCAGUUCUAGCCCUGCUCCAACCGGCUGCUGCCAGGAAGCCCCAGCGGCCUCAGACUGGGACAGUGACCGACACGAGGAGAUGUCAGUCUUGGUGCGGCAAGCCUUGUUUCUGAAUGAGCCCCCCACCUCCAGUGGCAACCUGGAAAGACUUUUGUGUCAUGGCUCAGGGCUCCCCUCAGAUAACUCAGUCUCAAAGGACCAUGUCAGCAGGUGGGAGGAUGCUUGUCAUGAUGAUGGCCCCAGGCCCACUUGAAGAAGACCUCAGUAUGGAUAAAGAUUUGGGAAGGAAGAAGAAGAAACGGAACUGGGCUUUGGUACAAGAAAGGAAUUCUACAUGGCCAGAUGAGCAUUGGAGAAGAGGGCCAUAACUGACUGGGACCCGCUGGCUUCAGAAUCUGGGGGAAUAGGGAUCAUGAGAUGGCAAAAGAGGACAGGUCGGUUGAACAUGGGGGGUAGGGUGGGGCUCCCUCAGAAAAAGACUGUGGAAUUACUAAGGUGUAGUGGGUGAUGGGACCCCUGCUUUCUAGGCUCCAGAAUUCAGUGUGUAGAUGAGAUGUGUUUUGCUGGGCAAAUGCUUAGUGGUAUUCUAACUUGACAGCAAUUCUGGAAUCGUGAUAGAUAAGAGAACAUCCAAAAGUUGGCAUCCAAUCCAUCCUGCACUGAUGCUGAGGUUCUUGGAUACCCACAAUAGAGAUGCCUAAAUGGAUUGUCAGUGACUGUAUUUUCUCUGUCAGAAAUUGCUUGGCCAAACCAAGCUGUGUGUGUUUUUAAUUACUAAAAUAAACCUACAGAAAAAUGUUGAGAAA